AAGGAGGAGAACCAUACUAGUGUGCCAUACUUGUGGUGCACCAUUGACUGUUUAAGGAAGUAGUUCUGGUUUAAUCUGGCUAUAAGACUAAACCUCCUAUGUAAGAUACUUAGACCUAUUCAUAGCCACUCGAUCUGUAUCACUGCUCGUGCUGUAACAACAUUCAAAGCAACACAGUUCAAGAAGAAUAGCCAGACUCGCUAAACUCGGGAUUUACUAGGCUAAGUUGUCUGGUUUAGGCUAGUCAAACUGUUCUGGCAACAAGAGUUGAUAAGAUGUGGAAAGAGUUGAAGAAAAACCAGCUAGUCAAGUACGGCGCUGUGACCACAGUGACAACCAUCAGAUGUAAAAUUCUUCAGAUUGUACAUUUUUCUUGACUUACAUGACAAUCCACAGAAUCACUGAAGCAUGACUGACCAUGGCUAUGUUUUACUGCGAAAGUGGAUCGCCGGUGGGAUAUGCCGCAGCCGUGCCAAACUGCAUGGAAGGACUGUGGUGAUCACUGGUGCCAACACUGGCAUCGGCAAGGAGACGGCAUGGGAUAUGGCCAUGAGAGGAGCUCGGGUCAUCAUGGCUUGCCGAGAUCUCACCAGGGGAGAAGCAGCUGCAGCAGAGAUCCGCAGUUCCACAGGAAAUACUAACGUGGUGGUGCAACAACUAGACCUGGCCUCCCUCGGUUCAGUACGUCAGUUUGCUCGGGAAUUCAUUGCCACAGAGACCCGUCUGGACAUACUUAUCAACAACGCAGGUAUAAUGCUGUGUCCCAAAAGCCUCACAGUGGAAGGUUUUGAGAGUCAAUUUGCCGUCAAUCACCUAGGUCACUUCCUAUUGACCAAUCUGCUCCUGGACAUGCUGAAAGCCUCCACCCCCAGCCGCGUCAUCAAUGUGUCUAGCAUUGCUCAUCAAGGCGGGAAAAUCCACUUUGAAGACCUUAAUUUUGAUAAGAAAGGUUACAACUCAGUAAUCGCCUAUAAGCAGAGUAAACUGGCCAACCUCCUCUUCUCUAGGGAGCUGGCACGAAGGACCAAAGGUACGGGAGUGACGUCGUAUUCCCUGCACCCUGGAGUUAUCCGGACAGAGCUGUGGCGCCACUCGCAGUCAAAGUACCCCACGUUGAGCGCCAUGCUGUCAGCCCCCGCCUGGCUCCUGAUGAAGACCCCCAGGGAGGGUGCCCAGACCACCAUCUACUGCGCCGUCAAUGAAGGGCUGGAGGAGAAGAGUGGCUGCUACUUCAGUGACUGUCAGGUAAAGGAACCAGCUCCUGAGGGAAGAGAUGAUCUUGCAGCACUGAGACUAUGGGGUGUUAGCGCCGGGCUAGUAGGACUCAUUAAGAACAACUGAACAACUCGCCUUGCAACAAGGUGACACUCCCAACCCCACCUGCCAGGGCCCCCCGGAUACUGCCAUAUUUUUUCCAUGUUGGCUCUUAACUUUCAUAUCAGAAGGGUAAUUGUAAGAUAUCCUGUAUUCUAUAUAUAUAAAUUGUGGGAAAAUACACAUUUUCUGUACUAUAACCUCAGCAAAAAAAGAAACGUCCUAUUACUGUCAACUGCGUUUAUUUUCAGCAAACUUAACAUGUGUAAAUAUUUGUAUGAACAUAACAAGAUUCAACAACUGAGACAUAAACUGAACAAGUUCCC